UGACGUUAAACGGUUACGUUUUAAUUGUUUUUGGCAAUUUUUCUUUCUUCCUUUCGCUUCGACAGGAAAAGACUAGAAAAGCCGACACUGAUUAGCAUUAUACAGCUCUCUUUCCAUGUUAUGGGCUCUAACCAUCAAUUUCAUCUCCUUCAAUGAAGAACGAUGUCAAAGAAGGCCUCCACGGUACCAACACCCCACGUUAUCUGGUUCGGUUGGAAACUUGUUAUCAUCCUUUCCGUCUCCCUCUCUGUCUUCGCUAUUCUUAGACUUCACUUCAAUUCCGAUUUCUCGUCCCCUGUUUCUUCCAUUUAUGGCUCGAGAUCUCGAAUUUCUCGCGGUAGCUUCCACUUCGUCGGCCCUCCUAAGAUAGCCUUCCUUUUCCUCGUUCGCAAAGAGCUUCCUCUUGAUUUUCUCUGGGGCAGCUUCUUCGAGAAUGCUGAAGUGGCAAAUUUCUCAAUUUUUAUACACUCGGCACCGGGGUUUGAGUUCGACGAGUCCACGACUCGGUCACAUUUUUUCUACGGUCGGCAAUUGAAGAAUAGCAUCCAGGUAGUAUGGGGAGAGUCGAGUAUGAUCGAAGCAGAGAGGUUGUUACUCUCAGCUGCCUUAGAUGAUCCGGCAAAUCAAAGAUUUGUUCUUCUCUCAGACAGCUGCGUCCCCCUGUACAACUUUAGCUACAUAUACAGCUACUUGAUGGCUUCUCCUAGGAGUUUUGUUGACAGCUUUGUUGAUACAAAAGAAGAGCGCUACAACCAGAAGAUGUCGCCCAUCAUAAGAAAACACAAAUGGAGAAAAGGAUCCCAGUGGAUCACCUUAGUCAGAACCCAUGCGGAAGUCAUUGUAGAUGAUGAGGUUAUAUUUCCAGUCUUUCAGAAGCAUUGCAAGCGGGCGCCACCUCCAGAUGCCAGCAAGGGAAAGCUGAAUCCAAAACUUAAAAAGCAGAAUAAUUGUAUUCCUGACGAACACUAUGUGCAGACAUUGCUUUCGAUGGCUGAUCUGGAAGGUGAACUUGAAAGAAGAACCCUGACCUAUACUGUAUGGAAUCAAUCUGCAACAAAAAUGGAGAGUAAAGGUUGGCAUCCCAUCACAUUCACCUAUGCAAACGCAGGCCCUCAAAAGAUAAGGGAAAUAAAGGACAUCAACCACGUAUAUUAUGAGAGUGAGUACCGGACAGAGUGGUGUCGCAGUUACGCAACAUCUGUUCCCUGUUUUUUAUUUGCAAGGAAGUUCUCUCGGGGAGCUGCCAUGCGCCUUUUGAGCGAGGGAGUAGUUGGUCCCUUUGAUGCCUCAGCACUAUUAGCUACGUCCACCUGAUCUGCAAUAGCCACACCUUUUCUAAUAGCAAUCUUAACUGUCAACUGACCCACUUGAAAAUGUUGAUUGGGGCAGCAAAGGAUCCCCCACACCCAUUAUACAGUCGUAAACAUAGAAUACAUACAUAUACAUGAUGAAUAUGAGAGGGUGUUGUCCCAACAGUGGCUUAUGUAUUAAUUCCGAAGAAAAAUGAGUUGGAACAUCAGGACAUUCAUUAUAAGGUUUCGAUACAAUCAUUACGUCCAGCAUUAGUUGUCCUGAUUCCUUAAGCAGACGAGUAGAAUUUUAUAAUUGUAGCACUCUAAUCUUUACAGCAUCCUUUUAUAAAAGCUGGGAAAAUAUUCCCUCAUCUGUUCUUUCAGUGAUGUCUAAUAUAAGAUUUUCUCUUUUCUCAA